AUGGGGGCCGACAACCUCACUACCACUACAGAAUUCAUCUUGGUGGGACUCUCCAGUGACCGCAACACACAGAUCCUCCUCUUUGUGCUCAUCCUCCUCAUGUACAUCUUUACCCUGAUGGGGAACCUAGGGGUGAUAGUGCUGAUACGGGUGGACCCCCACCUCCACACACCCAUGUAUUUCUUCCUCUCAAACCUUUCGAGUGUAGAGAUUGGCUUUAUCACCAGCACUGUACCCCAGAUGCUGAAUCACCUUCUAACGGGUCAGGGAAAACUGUCCUUAACCCGUUGCGCCUUGCAGAUGUACCUGACCUUGUCUCUGGGCUCUGUCGAAGCCCUUCUGCUGGGAGUCAUGGCUUACGAUCGCUACGUGGCGAUCUGCUGUCCCUUAGUAUAUGCCACGGGCAUGGGAAGGUUGCGCCAGUUCCAGCUCGCCUUGGCUUGCUGGGUAGCUGGCUUUUCAAUUGCUGCAGUAUGCGUGAGCAUCACCUUUCAGCAUCCCUUCUGCGGCUCCUGCUGCAUCAACCACUUUGUCUGCGAGAUACCAAUGGUGUUGAAACUCGCGUGUGACGACACACACAUCACAGGACGUAUAAUUGUCCUCUUUGCUGGGAUUGUCAUCCUGGGGCCCUUUUCAGUUAUCUUGACCUCCUACGGCCUUGUCCUGUCCUCCAUGUUGCAAAGGCGGUCAGCCACCAGAUUGCGCAAGGCCUUCUUGACCUGUGGUUCCCACUUAGCGGUGGUCACCUUGUUCUAUGGCACCAUCAUCUUUGUCUAUAUUAGACCGCAGUCUGGAACAUCUCCUGAAAACGAAAAACAAAUGGCCGUGUUUUACCUCGUGGUCACCCCUCUUCUGAAUCCUCUCAUUUACACUCUGCGGAACAAGGAUGUCCAUGAGGCGAUGGCCAAGGUGCUGCGAAGACGGCAUUUGUGA